AUGGACGGUCUUGCCGGCAGCACCCUUGGCUGGCUGUGCGCGGGCAUCUCCGCGCUUUUUGGGGUGACCAUGCUCUGCGCGGCCGAGAGGAGCCCGUUGGAGAAAGCAAAGGCGCUGGCGUGGAGCCUGCUGCCUGCCUUGCUGGGGAUGCUCUGCGUGGGCACGCUGGGUGCUGGCGGGGGGCUGCUGGUGUUCUCUGCUGGGUGCCUCGUCUCCCUGUACCGGGGUGGCCGGGUGCUGCUGCCCGUGGGUGACAAAGCCGUGCUCAUCACAGGAAGCGACACUGGGAUUGGACAUGCGCUGGCUAAAUACCUGGAUAGCUUAGGUUUUGUUGUGUUUGCUGGGGUUUUGCACAAGGACGGACCUGGAGCUGAGGAGUUGAGACAGAGCUGCUCCCAGAGACUGUCUGUCCUGCAGCUGGAUAUAACCAAUGCCACCCAAGUCAAGGAAGCCUAUCUAAAAGUCUCAGAGAAGGUGCAAAAGACAGGGCUCUGGGGAGUCGUGAACAACGCGGGCGUCCUGGGCUUCCCCGCCGACGGCGAGCUGCUCCCCGCGAGCACGUACAGGCAGUGCAUGGAGGUGAACUUCUUCGGGGCUGUAGCCGUGUCCAAGACCUUCUUACCGUUACUUCGGAAAUCCCAGGGGAGGCUGGUUAACAUGUCCAGCAUGGCAGGUGAGCUGAACUGA